AUGAUGGGGCCAGAAUUGUGGUUCAAGUUGGAAUGGCAUUCAUCACACUCAGCAGAAGGUUUACAGGCCGGUCUUGCUCUCGUAUUCCUAAUAGGUGUAUUGAGUUUGAUAUCGAUGUAUAAGCUUAUCCUCUGCUCGCAACAUCUUGGCAAACUAUGGGUUGUUGAUGCUUGCCUCAUAGCAUUUCAACUCGGAGUGCUGAGUGUUAGCUUCGUUUUCGCGGCAGAUCACAUACUGGAGGUGGUCGAAUUCUUCAUUGGUAAAGGUCAUGGUUUCUCGAACACAACGAUUAUGCUGCUCUUUUUCGUGCCACAAUUGUGCGUUAACUUGGUCCAAAAUAUUCGCGUGAUUACUUACCUAUCAGCCUGUGGUAAUGUCAUUAUAUUCCUAGCGAUACUGCUGGUUACAAAGGAGCUCAUACUUCACGAGAAGUACUCACCUUCUUCUUUACCGUCGGUGACGAAUUUCAGUGGGCUUACGAUAGCUGCAGGUGGUCUGAUGUACGCUUUUGAAGGGCAAGCUAUGGUACUCGCAAUGGAAAACCGACUUAAAAACGGCGCAGAUAUGAUAGGAUUUACAGGUGUACUUAGUACAUCUAUGAACGUUGUAAUGUUGAUAUACGCUUUUCUUGGGUUCUUCGGCUACUUGACCUUGAUGAUAGCGGUGAAGCUCUUGCUGGUGGUCAAGAUCUUCCUAGGCUCCGCUCUUCAGCUCUACGUUAUCAUAUCAAUUCUAUCAGCCCCAAUUGCGGCACGAUUCUGCAGAGGCUCUCCUCGACGCUCCGCUGCCAGUGAAUACCUUCUGCGGAUUUUUCUGACAACGUUCUCACUGGUUGUUGCUCUCUGUGUCCCAAAUCUUUACGACAUCAUUCCACUGGUAGGCAUCACUGCAGGGAUGCUGCUUUCGCUUAUACUGCCUGCCAUUCUUCAUACUCUUAUGUUUUUACCCAUUCUUCUUUCAAGAGAAAACAAUUUGCUACGAACAGUGUGCUUGUUUAUCGAAAAUAGUGUAUUGUUUACAUUAGGCUGGACGUUUCUUGUAACUGGCCUUUACUCGAAUAUCAGUUCUAUUGUUUCAAAAUACAAAUAA